AUGUCGCAACAAACCCUCACCCACGUUCCAUUCCUCUACCGCUUUGUCUUUCUCUGGUUUGAACCAGCAGCUGCAUUCUUUGGCUCCAUACUUUUAUGGACCGACCCCGCGCGAAUUCUCAAUACCAUGAGCCCUGGAAGCAAGUACGCGCCCGACAACCAAGUCAUAUAUGACCAAGUUGCGGCAACAUACACGCUCUUCGCAUUCAAUGAAGCUGUCCUACUGAGAACCACAAACGAUCUACGCGUCUGGCGCACUGUUGUUACUGGAAUAUUGAUAUGCGACGCGUUGCAUAUGUAUGCCAGCUGGGCUGCAUUGGGUAGCGUCUUUUGGAGUCCCGGCGCAUGGAGAUGGGAGGAUUGGAUCAAUUUUGGGAGUUUAUGGGGUCAGGCUGCUGUACGUAUCGCCUUUAUGGCAGGUGUUGGGUUAAAGGGAAAUGUUGGUGUCAAGAAGGAGUAA